ACGUGAAUUGAAUUUAUGCUUGACAUUAUCAAGCUCGCAAUAUUUAUAGACCAACUGCUGGAGAAAUCUUGCUGUUAUGGGCAAUUCUACUCCAACAAGUUGAACUCAAAGAUGCAGCUCUUGAUCAUUUUUGCAGCCAUCCUAGUCGCAAUCAAUGCUACUACUGACGAAGAACAUUGGUUGGAGUUUCAGCGAACCGAGAACAAAGCAUAUUCAGAUCCAUCAGAAAAAGUAAGGAGAUUUGGAGUAUUCCAGAACAAUUUACGGAUAAUCGAAAAACACAAUGCAAGGUAUCAUCAAGGACUCGAAAGCUACUUUUUGGGAGUUACAAGUUUUGCGGAUUGGACCGAUGAAGAAUACCUCGAUUUGCUCAACUUCCAAGAUGAUGAAAUUCCUGCUUUGAACGAGAGUUUUCACGUUUUUGCUGAAGAUCUGAAAGUGGCAGAUUCCAAAGACUGGGUCGUGGAAGGAGCAGUUUUGCCUGUGCAGAAUCAGGGUAAAUGCCAAUCGUGUUGGGCCUUCAGUGUUAAUGGUGCUUUGGAAGGACAAAAUGUCAUUGUGAAUAAGGUUAGGAUACCCCUCAGCGAACAGCAAUUGGUCGACUGCUUCCACAAAACUUGCAGUAAAGGUAGUCAAAGGAAUAAGGCUCUCGACUAUAUCAAGAGUAAUGGACUACAAGCAGACAGUUCUUAUCCUUACGUAGCAAAAUAUACCCACUGUCAAUAUGACUCCAAAGAAGUGAUUCUGAGAAUGAAGGGAUAUAAAAGAUUGAGCCCAAAUGAGGAAGAACUCAAGAAAGCUGUAGGAACCCUGGGACCCAUAUCUGUGGGUAUUAAUGCGAGGGAUUUAAAACUGUACCAAGGUGGAAUCUUCAAUCCAGCUAACUGCCCAACUAAUACCAAUCACGCAGUGUUAGCUGUUGGUUAUGGUACGUCUGCCUCAGGAAUGAAGUACUGGCUGCUGAAGAAUACUUAUGGAGUAAAGUGGGGUGAAGAUGGAUACCUCAGACUGAUCAGAGAUGCAGAUAACAAGUGCGGCGUGGCAACCAGGAUGUACUACGCAUUUCUCAAGUAGAAUUACCCGAAUUCAUUCAUACAGCAAUUGACAAUGAAAGGAAAUCUCUAUACACAUAUUGCAUAAUGAUUCUUCAACUAUAUAUAACAUUUAUAGAUGUGACAUCUUAUUAAAUUUUACUAAUAAAAUUGUAUAUUCUUGGG